UGGAGGAAUGGACCAUGGAGAUGAUCAAGCUGCAGUGCUAAACCCUGGGAACAAACCAUUAACACAGAUUACUGAAGAUGAUUCAUUUAGAGAAUUUGAAUUUAGACAGUAUUUUUUUGCCAGCCAAGCAAAGCUGUUAUUCAAGUUGAAUCGUCCCUUUGAGGUUGCAUCAAGGGGCUAUUCAUUUAUUAUCGGCUUUUCAAAGGCAUUGGCACUGCAUGAGAGUAUGUUACCCUUCUGUAUGCGUGAAGUUUGGGUGAUAACUGCUUGCUUGGCUUUAAUCAAUACAAUUGCUUCUCAUUAUAGUGAUGGACAAGUGGCACCUGAUAUAGAAACAGAGUUUUAUCGCCUUCAAGGUGAUCUUUAUUCACUAUGCCGGAUUAAGUUCAUGAGGCUUGCAUAACUAAUUGGUUAUGGAUCAGAUAUAGAAAGAAGUCCUGUCAACAGGUAGAAACACAACUUUUUAGCAUACCAAUCCUAUUUGAAAGUAGUAGUCAGCAUUGCCAAAGAGUUCCUUUGAUGUUGCACUGUGGUCCUCCAACUCUCUCUCUAAUAUAUUUUUCU